AUGCGCAGUCGCUCUGUUCGCGCUUCUACGGUGCCUAUGGUGUCUAUGGUGCCUUUGGUGCACCUGUGCAAUUCCCUUCUCUGGUGCGUACGAGCGCACGCAGCGAACGAGGGCGGCUUGGCAGAUCCACAAGGCGUGCUGCCCCUUGAGCUCGCCGCCAUGCGACAGUCGGUCUUUCAGCACUUAUCGAAGGCUUUUAAGCAGGAACGGACUUCGCAGUCUCUGGCCAUGGACAGGAUUUGGGCGGCAGUGCAUGAGCUUGUAAACAAGCUAACAGACGCUGCGUUGAAUGAGGGUCUGAGCUUGGCAGCGAUCCGAAAUCUCGCGUCUCUGCGUGCGCUGAACGACAUCGGUCUGCUGGAACAGACGGUCGCGAUUCCGCUUCCACAGCCAGGUGCCAAUCGUGCCAAUCAAACGUCGUCUGUUUGCACGGACUUGCGGUGGGUAAACAGACUACUUCCCCGAGGAGAUCGUGCUGCUGUAGCUCUUGGACAUAUGCUGCUGUCUUGGGUCAUGCUGAACAGCCUAAGAGCGGACAGAGAUGGUCUUGUUCGCAUGGAAAGCACUUCAUCCAUCACUCAAGCCUGGUGGCUUUCUCAGCAAGCGAGUUCUGCGACUGUACGCCAGAUCUGUGAGGUAGGCUUCAAUGGAGGGCAUUCCGCAUGGGCCAUGCUGGCAAGUGCACCGCCAGAAGCACAAAUGGUGUCGUUUGAUUUGAUAUCGAAAUCGUACACUCGUUCAUGCCACCGAGUGAUACGAUCAGUAUUUUCACGGAGGCACAGACUGUUGGAAGGGUCUUCAAACGUUUCAGUUCCCCACUUCAUAUCUCAAAACUUGGCACACAAAUGUGACCUGAUUUUCAUAGACGGGAGCCACACCGAAGCAGAUGCGGCCGCAGACUUACUCCACAUGUCAUUGCUGGCCACAGCCGGAAGUCUUCUUGUGAUGGAUGACAUCGGUUGCACAUCCAGCUUUUGUCACGGGCCCACCGCUGCAUGGCACUCCUUCAUAUCAGCUGGCAGAGUCUCGCAACUCGGAUGCCAAGAAGAGUCGGAGCGCAGAUGGUGCUGGGGUUUGUAUAUAUAG